UGAUCAAGUGUUCAAGGCCUGGGAAGAACAGUAACGGGAGAGGAAUGAUGCUAAGUCCUCCCCCAGCCUCUGGCACAUCCGGAUGCUGCUGCUUCCACUCCUCUCGAUCUUAAUGAUGUAACAGUCUGGUAAAAAUUUGCCUUUCAUCAGUGCUGACGGCCAGUACAGAGCGGAUUCGUAAAUAAAUCCGUUUCCAACGGUGUUGAUGAUGCACGGAUUUGAUCAAGAUUUAUCGGAUUUAAUCCUUUAAUCCUCCCUGGUGCUGAAGAUGCAGGGAUGUGGUCUGAACUUGCUUAAGCAGAGAAGAUGUGGCGGUGUCAGAGUCCGUGUUUGAGGGUUGUUUAUUGGUGCCUUAACAGAAAAUAUGAAGUGAUGAGAAAGUGCAAAAUGAGGAGGAAUCGUUCCUCUUCCUGAGAAAUAUCAUAAUUCUCAUAUAUACACUAAUAAUGAGAGGAAAAGUAGAUAAUAAAAAUACUCAAGCUAGCAAUGGAGCAAAAAAUUAAACAAUAUGAAUAUGUAAAGUGGGAAGAAAUGCAAGAUAAUAUGCAGCCAAACCAAAUAUGACAUAUUUGUUAAAAACUAUAACUAACUUUAAAAUUUAAAUUUAAGUGAAGACGGUCAAUAAACAGUUGAUUAAUGAGAGAAGAAGUGAUAGAAGAACACCAGGGAGACGGGGGAUCGAUCGAUGCCAGCAUGGAGAGUGAGAGCUGGUCGCUGCUACUGUGUUUUGUCGUUCUUAUCUUAGGGAACAUGGUGGGGCAGGCAGGGGCAGGCACAGGGCUGUACAUGGGUCCCUACUUCCCCAGCCCUCAGCCCCUGAACAUCACUGUACACCUGGACACCGUCGCCUACCUUCCCUGCACUGUCAAUCAGCUUGGAGAUAAGUCGGUGUCUUGGGUGAGGCGGAGGGACGCGGACAUCUUGACGGUGGACCGCUACACCUUCGUCAGGGACGACCGGCUGACCGUACACUUCACCCCUGAUACAGGCACCUGGACGCUGGUCAUCAAGUACGUCCAGGAGCGUGACGCUGGCACCUAUGAGUGCCAGAUCUCCACCGAGCCAAAGAUGUCAAUGCUGGUCCAUCUUAACGUCAUUGUGCCGCAAGUGGAAGUGAGUGGCGCGGCGGACAAGUACGUGAGGAGUGGAUCCACCGCUCGGCUCGAGUGCAAAGUGAGCUCAACAGUUCAGCUUCCCGACUACAUCUUCUGGUACCACUCUGGGGAGCGGCUGCUGGAGUACAACAACCCCAGAGUGAAGUUCACGGUGUCGAGGCGGGGCGGGCAGGGCAGUGAGAUGAGUGUCACAUCUACUCUGGUGAUCUCCACCGCCAGGCCCUCAGACGCCGGCAACUAUACCUGCCUUCCCUCCAAUCUUCACCCUGCCACCACGCUCCUCCACGUUCUCAAUGCAGACGAGCACCCGGCUGCAAUGCACACGGGAGGAGCGACGACAACAGAGCCUCCCCCUGCAUGGGGAGUACUCCUGGCGUUGGUACUCUGUAUAGUGAUGGUCCACGCCAACCCCCUCACAGCCCAGGCAUGUGAAGGCGCGCCUAUCUUCAUUCCAAGCGACGUAGGCGAGGUACAUCGCCCCAGGAGAAGGACUAGAAGCAGGAGGAACUCGGCGUCUGGACUCAUAGCAAGGGUCUGUGAUGUGUCUCUACCUCACCGCUAUCCUUGUGAGAGCCGGUGCCGAUCGCCCUCCUCCAGGAGACAACCGGGAUCGGUUCCCUGGCGGCGGAGAGCAACAGGUUCUGAAGGCAUUGAUAGGCAGGGUCAUCUUGCCUUGCUCACUCUGUCUGCUUCAAUUCUCCACAUUGCAUUCAGAGUAAGCGAUAUAAUUGGUUCACACUAACACAUACAAACACUCACACAUUGUGUAUUAACCCUGAGUUUUAUAAUUUUGUAUAAUAUGCUUAGAGUCUCAAGCUGGAAGCUUCCAUUGAAUAAAUGCAUAAUCUGACAUGUGCAUUAUAAACCUUUUUUGUAUUGCAAUAUUAUGUAUAUGCAGCCUCAAAAAUGCAAUGUUCUUCACGCAAAACUUCAGGUUAAUGUAAAUCUGAGUUUUUAUAUUCAUUUCAUCACAUAUAUGCCUUUAGGAAACUUAAUCUUGAAUUUGGAUUAAAAGGUCUUUAAUUCUACUAUUUUCUAAAACUUUUAAUUUCCAUUUAAACGGCUGCGUUGAGGAUAAUGUGGCCAGUGUUAAAUGCUCAAAAAUUUUGUUGGAUAAGAUUAUAUUAUAUAGCAUAAAUUGCAGACAAAAUAUAAUUUUUUUCCUGAGUUCUAUAGGUGUUGAAUAUCGCAAAUAAUUGACCCGGGAAAAAUUCUUAUUGUGGAAAAAAUGUCAACGAUGCAGUCAGUACCAUUUUUAUUUUUCAAAGGACAUACCGUAAAGAAUUUCCGACCCAGAAGUUCCAAUUCGUUGAAUAUUUCAGAAAUAAAAUACAAUUCUCAUCGCCUAUGGUGCACACAGCUCAGCAGAUAACGAUCUGAAGCCAUUUUUUUGCAGUAUAUUUGAAGUCAUAUCUCGACGUCAAGAUACGACGUCAAUAUCACGGCUCUCACAGACGUCAAUACGUCAAUCGCCACGUGACGCAUUACAUUUUCUGAGCCAAAACCCACAGUGUUUUAGAGAUUGAUAUAUUGUUUCAUAAAUAAUGAACUCAUUUACUUGUGAUUUCUGAUGGCAAAUCACCUUGAGUUUCUUGUAUAGUGAUUAGUACCCUAAGAGGUGAUUUCUAUUUCUGUGUUAUUAAUUUAAGUUCUGAAUCGAGCUUAUGUAAUGUUUUCCAAAUAGCUGUUUUUUUAACAUUUUUUCCACAAUUAUUAUUUUUCUUUACGAUAAUCUUUGUUUGUAAUACACCAAGCUAAGAUUUGGGCUGAAAUUUUAAACUUAAAAUAUAUAUCGAAUAUUGUAAUUUUACUCCGAAUAAUUAAUACUUAUUGUAUUUUUUAUUAGUUUGCCCCAUCCUGUCUACUGCCUCAAGAUAAUUUUGAUUAAUUCAAUGUUGUAAACUAUCAAUUAAUGUGUUACUAACAAUGACCUGUUUAAUCACACGAGUCCCACUAGGGGCUUUCUAUUUUCGUUCGUAUAUACAACUCGUCUAGUGAAAUUUACAUUGGCUGCUAAACUGUUCUCUGAGUUUACCACUGAGUUUACAUAACACUUAUGUUUAUUAUUUAUAUCCAUGAUAAGCCUCAGAAUGUAUUGUACUCGAACAAACUCAGUAAGGGGUUUCCUGAAUGUUUUUUUACAAACUUUUGUAUCAGUGUGUGUUUGUCUGUUCACGAAGGUUGUCUCUGUAAGACAACGAAACAGAAGUCACUGUAAUGUUUGGAUACAUAAAUGUGAGAAUGAGUGGAAGUACUA